GAAAAAAACACAUUAAAAGCGUUAUGCAUCGCGGCAGCAGCAUGGCCGCUCCCUUCCGCGCCCCCUUUUCACCGGCAGGCGGAUGUUCUACUCCCACAAACAACAAAAUCAACGAAUCUGAUAAAUCGUUUCAGCAAUGGACCAUUACAAGAUUUUGGGGGUUCAUAAGAGCGCGACCAAGGAAGAGAUCAAGCAAGCUUUCCGUAAAUUGGCCAUGGAAUUUCACCCCGACAAACACUCUCAAUCUCCCAAGAGCUUGAAAGAGUCCGCCACCGUCAAAUUCAAGCAGCUUUCGGAGGCCUACGAGACUCUCAUCGACGAUCGCAAGCGCGCCGAUUACAAUCUCAGAAGAAACGCGUACGCCCCUAAUCCAAAUCAAAGUAAGCGAUACGAUUACCACUACAGCGGCGGCGGAUAUAGCUAUAGAGAUCCUUAUGCUAAUAGGUAUAGUGGUUCGGCGAGAAGAGGCGGCCGCGGUUUCGUGAGAUUUGAGAUGGGGCUUCGCUGUCUCACCACAAAAAGUUUUCUUCUCAAUGCCACUCUUUUCAGUAUCUUGUUAGGUGGGAUGUAUAUCAUUGAUGCUAGCGGCAAGGCACUAUGGAAGAUGCAGAAUACGGGGAAAUCUUUCGAAGAGACGAUGGAGUCCAUUGAAAAAGCUAAAGCUAGCAAGGAUAACUCAGAUUGAGAAUAUCUCAAGUUCUGAUGAACGAGCCUGAUGCAUGGUUUUGGGCACCAGUCUGAGUGUGGUGUAUAGAUACAACAAUUGCAUACUGCAAUUCUUUGUGUGUGUAUUGAUCAUUGAGCCUUAUUCAAAUAAUUCAUCCUACUUCAUUGUCGGACGCACGAACAUGGUUUUGUUUUGAUGUUUGGAAGAAAGCUGGUGAAGUUUGGAUUGACUUAAAAUUGAUAUGUUAUGUGAAUAUUGUAACGAAGAGAGUUAUGUGUAUGAUGUAUACAUAGUGUGGUGUAAAAGUGCAAUUUGAAAUCAGUGAUCCAUGUUUACAGAGACGAA